CCGUGAACACCAUCACCAUCACCACCUCAGCCCGGGCCACUCUUGACAACAGAGUCCUGUGGUAACCUACGACAGACCAUACAUCAAGUAUCACCUUGGUUGGGCUCAAGUGGGACAAAAACCUUCGAUCUGUUCUCCAUCUGUCACCUCUCCCAAGAUGCCCGAAGGAAAUGGCGCCCAGCGCCAGCCUGCGCGGCAGGAGGAACAGCAAGGCUCUUCCAUGUUUUCCAAGAUCCUCCAGGCCGUUGCAAUGUGGGUCUUGAUGCAGCUUGUCAUGAAGCAGUUUAUGGGUGGUGGACAGAACACAGCAACAGUUCAGGAUGCAACCGGUCAGACCGUCCAAGUCUCGACAAGCGUACCCUCGUACGACCAGCGCCCUCAACGGCUCGAUGACGGUACAGUCUACAACCGGAUCCCCCAGCUCAUUGCGCCCAUCUGGCCCGAGAACAGCCAGGUUGAUAUCAUAGUCACCAUUUCCCCGUCCUUCGUUCCGACCCCGUUGAAGCAGACCUCGGCGGAUAAGGUGGUGUUCCGAGAAAAGAAGUUCACAAUCGGCAACUGGAGCGACGCGCGCACUGAGGAAAGGACCAUCGACAUUCCCACCGAGGUUCAGAAGAAUGGCACGCUUUGGGGGCAUUUCUAUGUUGGCUUGUCUGGUGCCCUCCUCGACCCGACCCAGCCAAACUACGAUUCUGGAUCGGCAUACCAUUUUGUGUGGCCAUUAACCCACUACAUUCCCCGAAAGAAGGAAUUCAAGACCAGGAACCUACUUGCGGGCAAGGAGGAUGCUGUUGAGGAGGCGGAGGAGGUGGAAGUAGAGCAACCAUCGGGACCCAUCAUCACCAACUACUACCACCCCAACAUUUCGCUCUCCUUCAUCCCCAAUACCGGUUCCAUGCCUUUUGCCCAAACACACCCAGCUGUCCGCCAGUUUCUCCGUCUCGAGGCCACCGGUGCAAGGGACGGCACCGGUCAGAACACUUGGUACUACCCGAUCCUCUUUGUCAAUACCUUCUGGCAGCUUAAGAGUCAGAUGACCAUCAUCAACGAGACGAUCAAGACCAUGCCGAUGCGCAUUGAUCUAAACAACCUGGCGGAAUGGAAGUUCAAGACCAUGGCGUCUAUCGACCUCAGCGCCAAGGAAGCGGCGCGUGCGGCGGCUUUCGGAAAUCCCCUGACCACGGGCAGCGAUGGUAGCGAGAUCGAAAUGAUCAAGGAAAUCUUGCUGGAUUCGAAUCCCAUCCUCCUCGGAGUCACUAUUUUUGCCAGUAUUGCGCACAUGAUUCUCGAAACGCUUGCGUUUGGUUCCGACAUUGCUCAUUAUCGCAAGAAGAAGGACAACGUUGGCAUCUCGGUGCGCUCCAUCCUCGCCAAUGUGUUCAUGCAAACCAUCAUCUUCUUGUAUCUGGUCGACCAGUCGCAAAAUACUAGCUGGAUGAUUCUCGGUUCUCAGGGCGUCGGUAUUCUCAUCGAGUUAUGGAAGAUUACGACGGUGGUUAACGUGCGGAUUCGGCCUGCACCCGGAUCCAUCAUACCAUACCGUAUUUCCUUUGAGGACAAGCAUAAGCUCAGCGAGACAGAGGAAAAGACCAAGGAGUACGAUGAGAUUGCUUUCAAGUACAUGUACAUGGCGGGCGUUCCUCUUCUGAUGGCUUAUGCUAUCUACUCGCUGAUCUACGACACCCACAAGUCGUGGUACUCAUUCGUCAUCGCCACCCUUGUUGGCUCGGUUUACGCCUAUGGAUUCCUGAUGAUGGUUCCCUCGCUGUACAUCAACUAUCGUCUCAAGAGCGUUGCUCACAUGCCUGGCAAGGCCAUGAUGUACAAGUUCCUCAACACCUUCAUCGACGACUUGUUUGCUUUCACCAUCAAAAUGCCGUUCCUCCAUCGCCUUGCUACGUUCCGCGAUGAUAUCAUCUUCUUUAUCUAUCUGUAUCAGAGAUGGGCUUACAAGGUCGACUACACCCGUGUCAACGAGUUCGGACAGGGUGGCGAGGAUGACGCCGUCGAGGAAAAGAAGGCGGAGGGGCAGAAGGCGGCAUUUCAUGCACCGACUGAAGAACAGACUGUGGGAACUACAUCCGCGAAGGCUAGCGGAACGGAGACUGGCAAAGCGAAGAAGAGGAAGUGAAGCUGACGAAGCACGAUAUCGGACCCGGUUUGGUAUCAAUUUAUUCAUGGGAAAUGGGGUUCAGCAUCUUGGAGAAUGGCGCCAAACAUCCCAGCAAAGAUAGAUCAAUGUUAAUACAGAAUGAAUUCUUCACCUGUUGGGGAGCUGGUGCUUCUUGUGGAUGCUUGGGUCUUGGAUGCACCCACGGCUGAUCAAUGAGUGAUGAGCCUGUAUUGUGAGAGAUGGGCGUGUGCCGAACUGCAGUCAUAAUGUCGUAAAAAUAUAGGGAUGUGUAUCGAUACCUCCAUGUAACAGUCCAAAAGUGUCCAUUGUUG